AUGAAAGACAAGACCGGGUACGGCAGGACAUGCGCACACUUGGCGAGUGAGGGAGGUCACUUGGAGGUAGUGCGGUAUGCUGUAGAGACAUGCGGGGAGGAGCUGCUGAGGGAGAAGGAUUAUGACGGCAGGACAUGCGCGCACUUGGCAAGUAAGGGAGGGCACUUGGAGGUAGUGCGGUAUGUUGGGGUGACAUGCGGGGAGGAGCUGCUGAGGGAGAAGGACAAGUACCGUUCGACAUGCGCGCACUAUGCGAGUGAGGGAGGGCACUUGGAGGUAGUGCGGUAUGUUGCAGCGACAUGCGGGGAGGAGGUGCUGAGGGAGAAGGACGAGUACGGCAGGACAUGCGCGCACUGGGCGAGUGAGGGAGGGCACAUGGAGGUAGUGCGGUAUGCUGCAGCGACAUGCGGGGAGGAGCUGCUGAGGGAGAAGGACAAGCACGGCAGGACAUGCGCGCACUUGGCGUGUGUGGGAGGGCACAUGGAGGUAGUGCGGUAUGUUGCAGCGACAUGCGGGGAGGAGCUGCUGAGGGAGAAGGACAAGCACGGCAGGACAUGCGCGCACUUGGCGAGUGUGGGAGGGCACUUGGAGGUAGUGCGGUAUGUUGCAGCGACAUGCGGGGAGGAGGAGGUGCUGAGGGAGAAGGACAAGCACGGCAAGACAUGCGCGCACUUGGCGAGUGUGGGAGGGCACUUGGAGGUAGUGCGGUAUGUUGCAGCGACAUGCGGGGAGGAGCUGCUGAGGGAGAAGGACAAGCACGGCAGGACAUGCGCGCACUAUGCGAGUGAGGGAGGGCACUUGGAGGUAGUGCGGUAUGCUGUAGAGACAUGCGGGGAGGAGGUGCUGAGGGAGAAGGACAAGCACGGCUGGACAUGCGCGCAUGUGGCGAGUGUGGGAGGGCACUUGGAGGUAGUGCAGUAUGUUGCAGCGACAUGCGGGGAGGAGGUGCUGAGGGAGAAGGACAAGCACGGCAGGACAUGCGCACAUGAGGCGAGUCAUGAAGGGCACUUGGAGGUAGUGCGGUAUAUU